AUGUCCUUUCCGGAGCGUGACGGUUCUGGAGAGCUCGAUAGGCCUGAGAGGGAACAGGAUAUUCCCUUCAAUGAGGAUUCCAUUUCGCAGCUUGAUAGCAUAAUUGACAGGGAUAACGAUGUCAGAUCACCGUCUACUUUUGUCGAGGCGGUCAAUACUUCUAAUGUGAUUCCCGAUGAUGUAGUCGAUCAGGACCCAAAUGUUGUGGCUCCAGAAGUAGAACAAUGCGCCGAGGACAAUGAUGGAGAGCUGAUUGUUUUACAUCCUGAUCAUCCACUUAUGAAACGCUUUCAAGUAGCUCUUAAAAAGAUGCUUAAGGAACACAUUUCAAAAGCCGCUAUUGAGCUUCGUGAAAAGACCGAGGAAUUAAAGCGGAUAAAAAACAGUCAUCUGGAAUUGGGGUCCGAGUUGUACAACGCCCAACAAGAACUCUCCAAAUUUCAAUCUCAAUUGCAAAAGAAACAUAAGGAAAACAUAGAACGGCAAGCACGGCGUGUAAAAAUGGAUGAGCAGUUGGCGGUGCUUCAUAAACAGUUUAAAAGGACUCAGAUGGAUUAUAAUUUGGAAUACAAAAAGAUGAUUGCAAUGCGAGAGGAGGUUGACAACCUAGCAUUACGUCUUUUCUACCUAAAUAAUGCCAAACUUGAGGUGAAGAGUGACAUAAAUAUCAUGCAGAGAGCAGCUGAGAAGGCGUCAACUGAAUUAUCGAAGGCAGAAGAGGAGAAACUUCACCAGGACAUGGUGGCGCAUCGGAUGCAGCAAACCGUCGAUCAACUAACUGAGGAUUGCGAGCUGUUAAAAGAACAGCUUGUUGCAGCUGAGGAGGAGUUAAGAGCCGGCGAAAACAUGUUAAAAGACAUGGAGAGUCAGGUGUUUGGCAUCAAAAUCGAUAGGAAGCGGCUGAUGGCUCACUGGACUACCAGUCUGAUUAGUCUCCAACGCAGGAACGAAGCCUAUGGAGAACUAAUGAAGGACUUCGAAAAGAAACAGGAUGAGAUGACAAAGGUGACCUCCGAGACAGAGGGUAUUAAAAGGGACAUCACGGCUGAGCAAGAAAAACAUGAACAGUUGACACUUCAGCUACAUCGCACUCAAGGAGAUAUUGAAAGCGCGAAAAAAGAAUUAGAGCGUCUCCAAGCGAAUCACGAGGAGAUGCGCAAGGAGUAUGCUCAAACGCAGCGUAUUCUUAGUGAGACGGAGCGAAGUCUUGAAAACGCCAAUUCGGUGAGUUAA